UAGCGUAUAAAGUAUGGUUUCCCUUAGGGAUAACUUUCUUCUCAAGGCAUCGCAGACUAUUCGAUCCGCAGGGGAAGGAGAAUCGCCAACCAUGCGAGUAACUAGCCGCGUCUAUCUCUUCGGAGAUCAGACCGGUGAGUUCGAGACCGGACUUCGCCAGCUCUUGCAGGCGAAGAACAACAGUCUUCUAACGUCUUUUUUCGAGAGAUGCUUCUAUGCUUUGCGGCAAGAAGUAUCCAGGUUGCCUCCAUCACAGAGACAAAUCUUCCCUCGGUUCACGAGCAUCGUGGAUUUGCUAGCAAGACAUCGGGAGUUUGGACCUAAUCCAGCUCUUGAGAGUGCCCUCACAUGCAUCUAUCACUUCGCAUGCUUCAUCAAUCACUAUGGAGACGGAGGACAUGCCUAUCCCUCAGCAUCAGAAAGCCAUAUAAUAGGUCUGUGUACCGGGCUGCUGGCGUCUGCUGCUGUCAGCUCCUCCCGCACCGUGGGAGAGCUGAUUCCUGCUGCUAUCGAAACAGUUACGGUGUCUCUGAGACUCGGACUGUGUGUCUUAAGGACAAGAGAUCUCAUUGACCGCAGCUAUGAAAAGUCACAAAGCUGGUCAAUGGUAGUCUCCGGGCUCAACGAGGAGGAAGUUGGCGCACUCAUUCAUGGAUUUUGCCAGCGAAAGUCUAUUUCUCCUUCGUCUCGGCCUUAUAUCAGUGCUGUGAAUACCCACAGUUUGACUAUCAGUGCUCCUCCAUCCAUCCUGCAGGAGUUUACGAAUGUCUGUCUAUCCAAGGAGAACAGGCCCGUGAGAGUUCCAGUUCAUGCUCCUUAUCAUGCUCCCCAUCUCUAUGAUCGGCGGGAUGUGACCAGUAUCCUGGAGUCAUGGCCGAAGGAAGAGCUUGCGAAUUAUACUCCACGGAUUCCUGUCUUGUCCAGUGAGACCGGCGAGAUUAUCCUGGCACGAAACUUGCACGAACUUCUCGGAAUUGCUCUCGAGGAGAUUCUGUUACGAAAGUUAUGCUGGGAUAAGGUCCAGGAUGGCUACGCGUCAAUGCUGAAGCGAACCAGCAGUGCUGCUUGCAAAAUAUUUCCAAUUGCAUCUGCUGCCUCCCAUGGCCUGUCUGCUGCUCUGAAGCGGACAGGUGUUCCUGACGUUGAGGUCGAUAACACCAUCAGCGAAUCAGCGAAGGCUUGUGAUAACGAGAACUCUACCGGUAGAACCGAGCAAUCCAAGAUCGCGAUUAUAGGACUGUCUGGAAGAUUCCCUGAUGCCCCGAGCCCCGAGCACUUCUGGGAUCUCCUUUACAAGGGACUUGAUGUCCACCGGGUAGUACCCCCUGAUAGGUGGGAUGUGAAGGCCCAUGUCGACCCUACGGGCAAGAUCAGAAACACCAGCAAGGUACCUUAUGGAUGUUGGAUUGAGGAGCCUGGCUUGUUCGAUCCGCGGUUUUUCAACAUGUCUCCCCGCGAAGCACUUCAAGCAGACCCAGCCCAGCGUCUAGCGCUAGUGACCGCCUACGAAGCCCUUGAGCAGGCUGGCUUUGUACCUGACAGUACUCCUUCAACUCAGAAGGACAGGGUCGGUAUAUUCUAUGGCAUGACUAGUGAUGACUACCGUGAAGUCAACAGCGGUCAGGAUAUUGAUACUUAUUUCAUUCCUGGCGGAAAUCGCGCUUUCACCCCUGGUCGAAUCAAUUACCAUUUCAAGUUCAGCGGUCCUAGCGUGAGCGUCGAUACGGCUUGUUCAUCCAGUUUAGCAGCCAUUCACCUGGCGUGCAACUCUCUUUGGAGAAAUGACUGCGACACUGCCAUUGCAGGCGGCACUAAUGUGUUGACGAAUCCAGACAACUUCGCUGGCUUGGACCGGGGUCAUUUCCUCUCUGCAAAGGGAAACUGCAACACAUUCGAUGACGAAGCAGAUGGCUAUUGUAGAGCGGAUGCGGUAGGCACCGUUGUCCUCAAGCGGUUGGAGGAUGCUCAGGCGGACAAGGAUCCUAUUCUUGGUGUUAUCCUUGGGGCUUACACCAACCACUCCGCUGAGGCAGUGUCAAUGACCCGACCCCAUGUUGGGGCGCAAGCAUUUAUCUUCAAUAAGCUGCUAAACGAAGCGAACGUGAGCCCUCGAGAUGUUGGCUAUAUCGAGAUGCACGGAACAGGCACACAGGCCGGUGACGCAGUCGAGAUGAAAUCGGUACUGGAUAUCUUUGCUCCCGAUUACACACGGGGACCCAGUCAAUCGCUCUAUCUAGGUUCCGCCAAAGCCAAUAUUGGACAUGCGGAAUCAGCCUCCGGUGUGAGCUCGUUGAUCAAAGUACUCUUGAUGUUGAAAGCGAAUACGAUUCCUCCACACUGUGGCAUCAAGACCAAGAUCAACCACAACUUUCCUACCGAUUUCAAAGAGCGCAACGUCCAUAUUGCCUUCAAGCCCACUUCCUGGGAAAGACCUCAGGACGGUAAACGGAGAUUGUUCGUUAAUAACUUCUCUGCUGCCGGUGGUAACACAGCGCUGCUGAUAGAGGAUGCACCUCUUUCUACCGUUUCGGGUGCCCCGGAUUCUCGUUCAACGCAUAUUGUGGCUGUCUCAGCGAGGUCUCAGUCGUCUCUCAGAAAUAACAUCCGGUCCCUUAUGAAAUAUGUCAGCGAAUUGGACGGCCAGAUUGGAGGCGAAAACUUCCUCGGGAAGCUAUCAUACACCACAACUGCUCGCCGUAUACACCAUCAAUUCAGGACUAUGGUCAGCGGAUCUAGCUUGAAGGGCAUUCAAGAGGCACUCUCCUCAGCGGCUUCCCGUGACAGCUUCACACCGAUCCCUGCGUCGACUCCUAGUAUCGGCUUCGUGUUCACGGGUCAAGGAGCGCAAUAUACUGGUAUGGGCCAGCAGCUUUAUAGCAGCUGUUCCCAGUUCCGGGAUAAUAUAGACCGUUUCGACUCUAUUGCACGGAGCCAGGGAUUCCCGUCGAUCGUGCCCUUGAUUGAUGGAAGCGUUCCGGUCGAGGAGAUGAGCCCAGUUGUUACCCAGCUUGGCACAACUUGUUUGCAGAUGGCCAUGACUAGAUACUGGAUGUCAUUGGGAGUGAAGCCCGCCUUUGUGCUUGGUCACAGUCUAGGAAACUAUGCUGCGCUCAAUGCUGCCGGAGUGUUAACAACUAGCGACACAAUAUACCUAAGUGGUCGUCGCGCGCAGUUGCUCCAAGAGAAGUGUCAGGUCGGAACUCACUCAAUGCUUGCUAUCAAAGCAAACCUUGCACAGAUCAAGCCAUUCCUUGACGAUGAUGCUUAUGAAGUAGCUUGCAUCAAUGCUCCAGGAGAGACCGUCAUCAGCGGUCUGAGCGCCAAUAUCGACGUUCUGUCUGAGAAGCUGACUGCGGAGGGGCUGAAGUCAACCAAGCUGAGAGUGCCAUACGCGUUCCACUCUGCUCAAGUGGAGCCCAUCCUAGAGAGCUUGGGAGAGGUCGCGCAAGGUGUUACUUUCCACAAGCCUUCAAUUCCAGUCGUUUCGGCUCUACUUGGCGAAGUGAUCAACGAAGAUAACUGGGAUGCAUUAGGUCCCCGUUAUCUGCAGAGGCACUGCAGAGAGACUGUGAACUUACUUGCUGCGUUGGAAGCCACCAGACACGCAAAACUCAUGAAUGAGAAGACCAUCUGGAUCGAGGUAGGAUCUCACCCUAUCUGCUCUGGAAUGAUCAAGGGAACACUUGGUCCCCAGGCGAACACCGUCGCAUCCCUACGCCGGAAUGAGGAUACUUGGAAGGUCCUCUGCAACAGCCUUUCCGCCAUCUACCUUGCUGGAGUGGAUAUUCAGUGGAAGGAGUACCAUGGGGACUUCACUUCCAGCCAUCAGGUUCUCCAGCUUCCUGCUUAUAGUUGGGAUAACAAGAACUACUAUAUCCCAUACAACAACAAUUUCUGUCUUACAAAGGGUGAUCCUACGGUCGCAAAGAUUGAAGCGGCACCAACCAGCCAGUUUCAUACAACCUCUGUCCAGAAAAUUGUGGAGACUCGAGAUGAGGGUUCUAAGGCUGUUGUGGUCAUGGAAUCCGACCUUUCUGACCCUCUCUUGAACCCCGUCAUUCAAGGGCACAAGGUCAACGGGGCCGCUCUGUGUCCCUCGUCUCUCUACGCUGAUAUCGCCCAGACCCUUGGCGAGUAUUUGAUCGAGAACUAUAAUCCCGCAUUGAGGGGAUCAGGACUUGACGUUUGUGACAUGACGGUGCCAAAGCCUCUGAUCGCCAAGAACUCUGGCCCACAACUAUUCCGUGCUAUGGCCACGGCAGACUGGGAAGAGAGGAAAGCUAAUAUCCAGAUAUAUUCUGUGAAAUCCGAUGGUAAGAAGAUUAUGGAUCACGCAUCAUGUCUCGUCAAAUUCUCCGACACCCAUCUCUGGGAAGCGGACUGGAAACGCCAUUCAUACCUCAUCAAAAGGAGUAUUGAACGACUCCAGAAAAGUGUCGAAGAAGGUCAGAGUCACAGAAUGCAUCGCGGUAUGUUCUAUAAGCUGUUCAGUGCUCUAGUCGACUAUGGCGACAAUUACAAGUCCGUUGAGGAGGUUGUCCUGGAUAGCGAGGAGUACGAGGCUACCGCUCGCGUUAAAUUCCAAGCGAAGAGUGGGAACUUCCAUCGCAACCCUCUCUGGAUUGAUAGCAUCGGCCAUUUGACAGGAUUUGUUAUGAACGCCAACGAUGCUACGGACUCUCAAAGUCAGGUGUACGUGAACCACGGAUGGGAUUUCAUGCGCUGUCUCAAGAAGUUCUCGCCGGACACGACAUAUAGAACAUAUGUGAAGAUGCAGCCUUGGCAGGGCACUAUCUACGCUGGAGACGUUUAUGCCUUCGACGGAGAUGAGAUCGUUGCGGUUUACGGCGGCGUGAAAUUCCAAGGGGUUCCGCGACAGGUGCUGAACACUGUCCUCCCACCUGCUGGGGGGUCUAAGGCCGCUCCAAGAACAACUGCAAGAGCUGUUCCGCCUCCCCCGAUCAAUGUCGAGAAGCCGAAAUCCUCAGUUGAGGCCAAGGCAGUCUCAAAAGCUGUUCCUGGCGACCCUGUAAAGUCAGCAGGACCAAGCGUGCUUGUUCAGGCCUUGAAGAUCCUGGCAGAGGAGAUAGGUGUAUCUGAGGCGGAGCUAUCGGAUGACCUUGUAUUCGCCGAUUACGGCGUUGAUUCUCUUCUGUCAUUGACAAUAACAGGCAAAUUCAGGGAGGAGCUGAACAUGGACUUGGAAUCAUCGACAUUUAUUGACCAUCCGACUGUCAAGGACCUUAAACAGCUUUUGUCCCAAGCAAGUCCAUCUGACAGCAGCGAUUCCUCUGAAGAAUCGCACUACUCCUUCCGUGAUUCCUCCUCAACGGAGCCAUCGACUCCCGGUACUCCAGCAUUCUUCUCGCCCAAGAGAGGGAGUGUAGUCACUAAUGUCGGGGAGAGUGAGACAAUCAAGACUAUUCGCUUGACGCUCUCCGAGGAGAUUGGUGUAUCUCCAGACGAAAUCACGGGGGAUGCUAAUCUGGCUGAAAUGGGCAUGGAUUCGCUCCUUUCCCUGACAGUUCUCGGAAGAUUGCGCGAAACUCUUGACAUCGAGCUUCCUAGUGACUUCUUCAUUGAAAAUCCGACGAUGGAUGCCGUCGAGACUGCUCUUGAUCUCAAGCCCAAGGCAGAACCUAUUCCCUCCGAGCUUCCUGUGCCGAUUCAAACCGCCGCGGGUGAUGAAAUAAACGGAGUUAUCAAGGCUAAUUCAACUCAUCCACCAGCUACUUCCAUCCUGCUCCAGGGAAAUCCUAAGAAGGCAACAAAGACACUGUUCCUUUUCCCCGAUGGCUCUGGAUCGGCUACUUCCUAUGCCACCCUCCCUGCAGUUUCAUCCGACGUCUGCGUAUAUGGACUUAAUUGCCCAUAUAUGAAGAACCCUGAGAACCUCAAGUGCGGCCUUGAUGAGCUUACCAUUCCAUACGUGGCAGAAAUUCGACGUCGGCAACCUAAAGGUCCUUAUAGCUUUGGUGGAUGGUCAGCUGGAGGGAUCUGCGCAUAUGACGCUGCACGCUACCUCAUCCUGGAGGAAGGCGAGAAGGUCGAACGUCUGCUUCUUCUUGACUCACCAUUCCCUAUCGGAUUAGAGAAACUACCUCCACGUCUGUAUAGUUUCUUUAACACCAUCGGCCUCUUCGGUGAAGGGAAAACACCACCUCCCAAGUGGUUGCUUCCUCAUUUCCUUGCCUUUAUCGACUCCCUCGAUGCCUAUAACGCUGUCCCAUUCCCAUUUUCCGACCCCGAACUGGGCGAAAAUAUGCCAAAGACAUAUCUUAUCUGGGCCAAGGAUGGUGUCUGCGGUAAGCCGGGCGAUCCACGACCAGAUCCACCUACCGAUGGCAGUAAGGACCCAAGGGAAAUGCUUUGGCUGCUGAACGACCGAACUGAUAUGGGCCCUAAUGGGUGGGACACACUUGUUGGACCAAAUAAUGUUGCUGCUAUCGAGGCCAUCGAGGGAGCUGAUCACUUUACCAUGAUGAAGGGCGAUAAGGCGGCGAAGCUCUCCGCCUUCAUCGGAAGGGCAAUGGCAAGCUGAACGAGAAAGUCGAUGACGAGAGCCUUUUCCUUUUACUUUCCUUAUUUGUUUCGGUUCCUAUCUCAUACUCGGCGUUCCAGGCUCUAGUUUUUGCUUUCUAUUUGCAGAAUCGGAGUCGACGCAUUUGGUUUUCACACUUUAUAUAACCGCCUCUUAUUUUUUAUCAAGGGCGAAAUAUCUAGCUAUAGCUUUAUAAUAACAGUAAUAUAAUGUCUCUAUAAUCAUACCUGAAUACAACCUCUCCAACAAUAUUCCACAGGGCCUCUCUACAGACAGUAAAACUCCAGCUGCCACCUUGCAUGGUCCCGAGAGAACUGACUUAGCAGGUUAGAGCAUCAGACUACUAUGCCAAAAAUGCCUCGACAUAUAUAGGAUGAUCAUAAAACAUUUCUCAACACCAGCAAAGAACUUUCGAAAGAACGAU